UGAGAUAGGUUGCAGUCAUGUCAUACAAUCAUCAUUCUCUUGAUGAGCCUGUCUUGGAUGCAUUGAAUCUGUACGCACACGAAGCAUAGGGUGUGUAGAUACUUGUGUAAAUUUAAGUACAUAAGGGUUGGACGGAGUGCGCCGGUUAAAAAGGUCAAUCCUCGGCUACGCCUGUCCUUUUUUAUUUUCCUCUGUAGUGUCUCUUUGAUCCAGUACUUGUGAUCAUGGCCGACAACGCAGAGCUCCAGUCCCCCACGACAGACGUCGAAGGCUCCUUAGGAGCUAUAUCCGAAGCUGACGCCCCACCUCACAGUCAACACGAGGCGUCUGGCACGGUGGACGACCAUGAGGACGCACAGGAUGACCUCGUUAAUCAUGUCCAGCCUGAUACCACGUUGGAUGAUAAUGUGAAAGACAAUGCUGAUGACGCACAAACACAUGUCGAAAUGCCGACUCAGACCGCACAAGUUACCGCUACGACCAAGAAACCUACCGGUGCUGCUGCCAAGGUUUCAACAGCAAUUGGUAAGGACAAGCCUACCAAGGGUUCUCCCGUCAAACCAAGUCCACUUUCGCCGACUGUGAAAAAGGUUGCAAGUUCAAAUGUCACGGCAAAGACAGCCCCUUCUAGCAAGGCCGCCACUACAUCUAUCACAUCCGCUCUUUCUAAGUCGACUUCUACUACACCCUCAACAGUAAAGAAGGUAACACCCGCUUCCCCAACGAAUCCUUCCUCCAAGACCACAACCAUGUCGUCCAGACCCGCUCCCCCGCAGCCGAGUAGGCGGUCAUCUAUGCUGCCGCCCAGAGCCCCCUCUGCUACGGGUUCUCCGUUGCCUCCCAAGUCUAGAACAUCCACAUUGUUUUCUGGGUGGGCGAGUUCGGCGUCAUCUAAGCCUGCGCCUAGCGAUGCCAAUGCAUCUCGUCCUUCGGUCGUUUCUCCCUCGGGUUCGACUACGUCUAUUAAAUCUGCAGCAGCACCUGCUCCGGCUCGUCCACGUGCCUCGGUCUCUGAAGCUGUCAAGAGAACACCAUCCACAUCGUCCAAGCAAGCUCCUCCAAGUACGGGGGGUGGCGUUCCGACGCGGGCCAUGCGCACCGUUGGAUCGAUAUCUUCAAUUCGGGAGGCCCAUGACGACAAGGCCCUUGUAGAUGUCCAAGAGAAGCCUUCUGGAAAAGACGGAGGCCUAUAUCCCAACUGGAAAAACAAAAAUCAGAAUUGCGAUCAUCUCUUGGACACCGCGUUGGCAGAUGCCAAGGCCAAAAGUUCGGCUGUUGAGCAGCUCGAACAAGAGAAGCAGUCUGCAGAGGCAGCUCUUGCUACUGCUAGAGCUAGCUUGCAACGCCUGGACAACGAGCAUGCCCGUGACCUGAACCAACUCAACGCUCUCAAACAACAAGGACAAGUUGACACUCUCACUUCCGAGAUAGCGGUUGCUGAGAAGAAUUUCGAGUCCCUCCGUGUGACAAGCGAUCAGUCCUCAACAGAAGCCGCGGCAGCCGCUCAGGCGGAACGUGAAUCUUUCCUCCGUGCCAAGGCCGACCUUGACGCACGUGCAUCCGAAGUGGCAUCUUUGACUGCUUUGAUCGAGGCCCUCAAGGCCGAACGGGAGGAGAAUGCCCAUAGAAUCUCCGAACUGGAGGUCGAAGUUCUCGAGCUGAAAGAGAGUCAAGAAAAUGCUGAAGACGAACGCAAUAAGCUUAUCACCAGUCUCAAGAAGGCGGAGGCGGACCUUGGACAGGCUCAUUCAGCGUUGGAGGGACAAAUCCAGGACGCCAAUGCGAAGGAAGAAGAAAGUGCUAGGGAAAUCGCCGAUCUCCAACAAGCGUACGAGGAGAAGAUAGCGUUACUCGAGGAUGAUUUGGCGAGUGCAAUCGCAGAGAUCGCGGACGUGAAGAAUCAACUCGCAGCUGUCAAUGUCUCCUAUGAGGAGAUGAAAAAGGAGACCGAAACUGCUGCUGAAGAGCACGAGCGACAACUGGAGGAGUCUGAGCGAUCGUAUCUUUCGAAGCAUAUAGAAUUCUCGGAGGAGAUCAAGAGGCUCAGUGCGGAGCUUGAGCAACAGGAGGCGAAGUACAACGAAAAAGUGGAGGCUGUGAAGGCUGAACACGAUACACAUCUCCAGGAGGCGUUUGAACGGGCGAAAGGGGAAGCUGCAGAGCUCCAUGGCCAAGAACUUCAGGCUCUGCGAGCUGAAUCGCAGGCUGCGAUCGAACAGCUUCGUAACGCGCACCAGUCGUUUGUUAACGAUCUCGAGGCUGAGCACCAAACUACCCUCGAUUCGCAGAGUAGUGCUCUGGAGCAGAAGCUUAACAAUCAAGGCCUCGAGCUUCGUGCCACCCAAGACGACCUUACCAAGGCUAAAUCUGCCUUGGAGGCUGCGCGCUCAGAGUGCGACAAUCUCAAAGCCCAAGUUGAAGAUGCUCGGGCUGCCGCUAUCGUAGCAUCCUCCAAUGCAGACCAAGCAGCUGAGCUCGAGCGACUCUCCAAGCAGUUGGCUAGCGUGCGUGACGAAAACGCCAUGCUGAACGAUGUCCUCGCAGUGACCAAAGAGUCUCUCUCGGAGAUGUCGGUAAAUCACAGUAAAGAACUUGAGGAGGCUGCAAAGGCCCGCGUGGAGGAAGUAACUAGACUCGGUACCGAGCACGAGAAAGAAAUCAGCACGCUCGCUGCACAAAAGUCAGAGUUAUCGCGCUCACUUGGUGACCUGGAAAACGAGAUCGCAAUGCUCAAGGCUCGCCUUGCUGCCGCGGAAUCAGCGGCCGCUCCAAGGAGCAAUGGAGCUGUCCUCCCCUCCACAACUAAUGUGACCAGGGAGGAGCUCCAGAAGACCCACGAAGCGCACAAUCUAAAGCUCCACGACCUGCAGGCGGAGCAUGAACGUGUCGUCAGAGGGGUGAAACUCGAGUUGGAGACAGUUCAGAACCGCUUGGAGGAGGUACAGUCAGAUCUCGCUCGGAGGAACAUGGAGAUCCAGUAUCUCGAACAAGAACAAGAAGAAAGUCAAGACUCUAUUACUCGGUAUGUGAAGGUUUUUGGACUUCAAAGUUUGUUCGGUGUAGUUAUCGCGUUGGCCGUGAUAUUUGACUUCAUUUGA